CGAGAGGAAGCUUGAGGGCAGUGCAGGAAUUUCCCGCGAUAUUCAGAUCCGGGAUUCUGAUUCAGAAAAAGCUUUUCUUAGUUAUUUAUCUCUGUGAAAUUUCAGGAUGCAGCGAGCGACGAGAAUGAAACGAGAAGUACAGCUGCUUGAACAGGAACCUCCACACGGUAUUUCCUGUUGGUUAAAGAAAGAUAAAAUUGAUGAGCUUGAAGCACAAAUUAUUGGUAGUGAAGAUACUCCUUACAAAGGUGGAAUUUUCAAGUUAGAAAUCCAAGUUCCUGAAAGGUAUCCAUUUGAGCCGCCCAAAGUUCGCUUUGUAACUCCAAUCUAUCAUCCAAACAUUGACAACGGCGGACGAAUCUGUCUGGAUAUAAUAAAAAUGCCUCCGGGAGGUUCCUGGAAACCAUCACUGAAUAUAUCCACAGUGUUGAAAUCAAUACAGUUACUAAUGGCUGACCCAAACCCUGACGAUCCUCUCAUGGCGGAAAUUUCAAAUGAGUACAAAUAUAACCGACCUCAGUUCAUCCAGAAUGCCCAGCAGUGGACAAGACAACAUGCCGUGAUUGGUGUUCAAGCUAGCGGGAAAUCUAUGGAAAAGAACAAAGCGCACAAAUCUAAUGUCACAGAGAGUGAAAGUGAAAGUGAUUCAGAUGAUAGUGAUUCAGAUGUAACUAAAUUACUGAAGAGGAAAUCACAGCCAUGUAAUUCUGUACAACCAUUCAGCAAGCUAUCCAGAUCAGAGACUAAAUAGUUUAUAUUUAUUUUACUGAUACAUCGUGGGAGUUAUUUGGUGUUUAUCAUUAGUUGUUAUUAUACUGCUCUGCUGCCAUAUAUCAUUGGCCAAUCAAUACUUCUAGUCACUCGUGUACAUUGCAUUUAGCUACAUCUAACCGAAUACGAUCAGUCCUCAUUGAUUAACAACCGAGCAGAUGUCCUGCUUGAAAAGCCACUUUUUAGAAAGGCACAUCGUACUCUAACCGCUACAUCAAAUUUUAAUGAGACUGACAAUAUAUGGGCAGAGCUCAAGGUCGAUGUACGUACUUUGUCGCAUUAUCGAACCGGGACAAAAUUGUUCAUUUUUUCAAACAUAAUUGUGCAUAUAAUCAAUUUAUUGUCAUUUGCUUGAAUUGUUAUUAUUGUU